AUGGUGAACGCGGAGCCAGAGGCGGUGGAUUUCGAGCCGGAGGAGGACGAUUUGAUGGACGAGGAUGUAGGAGACGCCGCCGCUUCAUCUCCAAACCGAGCUGGAGCAGCCGCUAAUACCCCUCGGCUCAAGUCCGCCAUUACCGGUGGCGGCUCAUACUCCGCUCCCAAGAAGACCAAGGGCCGCGGCUUCCGUGACGAGGCUGCUGCUGAGGCCGAACGCAACACCCGCAUGUCCGCCCGCUUCGAUUCUCUUGACUCAGUUGGUGGUCCCGGCCCUGAACGAUCAAUUGAAGGGUGGAUUGUUCUGGUUACUGGAGUCCAUGAAGAGGCUCAAGAGGAUGAUAUACAAAAUGCAUUUGGUGAAUAUGGGGAGAUUAAAAAUUUGCAUUUGAAUCUUGACAGGCGUACAGGAUUUGCCAAGGGCUAUGCGCUAAUAGAAUACGAAGCAUAUGAAGAGGCACAAAGAGCUAUAAAUGAGACGGAUGGGACUGAAUUGCUCACACAAGCCAUAAUCGUGGAUUGGGCAUUCAGCAGAGGUCCAUUCAGGAGGAGGAAUAUGAGGAGAUCACCUCGAGGCCAUCGUUCUAGGAGUCCGAGGAGAAGAUUCUAA